AUGGUUUCAGUAACAGAAUUUUCUGGUCCAUCCUCAUACUCUGGCCCAGCAACGCGAAAUGCUCACCUAAAUCAGUCAUUAUCUAUACGCCAUCCUCAAUUCGGGUACUCUCCAUCAAUCUUCUCUGGUAUAUUUCCUUUGACUGCUCUUCCAGUCGGCUCUUUCAUACAACCUUCAUUCGGAUUUAAUACUGACUCUAGACACCUCUCUGGGCCCCAUACUCCAAACAUGUCCAGUCAGUCACAGCCGUCCUCCAAUUUUGAUGAAUAUUCCUUGAGAAAUGUGCGCGCUGUGCGCCACAAUCAUCUGAGUAUGCCCGACCACAGUGGAUUUGUUGCCGCUGCGAUAUCGAGACAGAACACAACACAAUUAUCUAGUGCGAUGCAGUCUAAGACCCAACCGCCGCCAUACCCACUGCAUGACGAGACCUUUCAUACUCAGUCAACCAAUAGUGUCCAUAAUUCUUACGAUAUAUAUCUCCGUCAGCCAACAGCAGAAGACUUUCUCCGACAACAUCAUCCAUUACCACCACCGCCAGUGGAAGUAUGCGACAUCGGCCAAGAUCUGCCAGUAAUUGAGCCAGAUUCUUACCUAGAAAUGGAUCAGCUUGAACAGCCUAUUGAAGGUCCUAGCAAUUCCCAACCUGGUGAGAUAGAUACAGAUACCCCAACGCAUCCUUCCACCAAGUCUUCGCCCGAACCAUCAUUCUCACAUCACACCGGCCGCGUACAAUCCAUCGACAGUGCCAUGUACCAGCCAGGUCUAGGCGGUCUACACAAGAUCUCGAACAUCCAACGCAAAACCUCGAAGUGCAGCAAAGUCAAAAACGCGGUGAGCAGGCUAAAUCCCUUCAGGAGCCAGCGGCGGUUUGGGAGUGCGACAAAGCGAUAG